AUGAAGCUGUCCGUGUCGCUCUCUGCCAUCCUCGUUCUCCUCCCUACCCUCGUAGCUGCCACUGUAUCUCCCCUAGAUGCCGGCCACGGUGGUCUCUACAUGGGUGGAUUCGGUAAUGGUGGAUUCAACCGUGGAGGAAACAACCAGAACAAGCAGAAUAACCAGGGUGGCAAUAACAACAAUGGAAAUAACGGUGCCGCUUCGUCUAGCAGCGCCGCUGUCACCACUUCGGCAUCUGCUGCCACCACCUCUGCUGCCGCCGCUACGACUUCCAGUGCUGCUGCCACUACCUCGAGUGCCGCCGCUGCCACUGCAAGCGCGAGUGCGUCUGUAGCUGCCAACAACAACGGCCGUGGUCGUAAUCGUGGUGGUAAUAACGGCAACAACAACAACGGCAAUAACAACAAUGGCAACAAUAACAACGGGAACAACAAUAACGGGAAUAAUAACAACAACGGGAAUGCUACAACGA